AUGUAUGAUCAUCGAUUUUGUGAUGUUGAUGGAGCAAUAGACUUGAUGAAAGUCGGCACUAAGUUUGCUGUCUCUCUCAGAAGUCGGCGUCGUUCAUCGAGUAGCAGGAGUGGCUCAAGCGGUAGUUCGAGCAGUUCUUUCUCGGAUAGCAGUUCAUCGAAUCAUUCCGGCAGUCAUGCUCGAAAAGCGUUCAGAUCACAUUCUCCAAGCAGAGAUCGAGAGUCAGAGGAUAGUGAUGAAAUACGUGAACGGAGAGCAUUACGUAAACAGAUACGUGAAAAAGAGGCAGCUUAUGCGGAACGUUUACGUAAAUGGGAGGCGCGUGAAAGACGUCAAGCGAAAUUGUACGAAAAAGAUGAGCAACGAGAGAAACAAAGAAGACGUAGCAUGCAAAAAGAGGCAAAAAAACUGAAGCACUUCCUCGAGGAUUACGACGAUGAACGUAACGAUCCCAAGUAUUACAAGAGUUCAUCACUAUUCCAACGGCGAAGAGAUUUCGAGCGUGAACGUGAAGCGGACGCAAAGGAUCGACAACGUGAACAACAGGAAAUCGAAGAGUUGAAGAAACAGAUUUUGGCUGAAAAUGAGAACAUUGAAAAUGCAGAUGAAGAGGCGAGACGCAGACAUCAGGAACAAGAGGAUGCGUUGAUGCGGAAAUUGCGUGCUGAUUCUGGAAGUCCGAACCCACAUCGCCCGCUCGGUCAGAAGCCUUUACCAGUUGAAGAGGAGAAGGAGGAAGAAGACGAGGAAAGUGAGGAUUCUGAAAGUGAUUCCGAGAGUGAAGCGAGUGUAGAGGGUGCUGAGACUACGGCUGAUAAGGCGAAUGCCAACGCCACUGAGAAACCAAGUGCAUGGAAAGCUGGUCAGUUUAUUAUUGUGCGAAUGAAUGUUAAUGUUUUAGUAACCGCAUCCGAAGGAAGUGUGGUCGGUGGAACGUCACCGUCAGUGAGUUUAGUGGCAUCACCGUCAAUGCGAUCCUCAUUAGCUGCAAGUCCAGCGAAUGCCACAGCACUGAUACGACCGGGUAUUGCUGGGAGUACGUCGCAGGAUAGCGUGAUAGGCGUGCAAUCUGCAAACGCAAAGCAGUCAGCGUCGAAACUGAACGGUAUAUUCGGUUUUGAGGAUAAUGAUGAUGAUACGGCGUACAGGAAGGGAAAGAAACUGAAACGAUUUGAAAUCACCGAAGAGGAUCGAAUCCAAGCAAUGACGCCAGAAGAACGUAAGCAGAUGAUCAAAGAUCUCAUCGAGCGUAUCCCAACAGCCAAAGAUGAAUUAUUUUCGUUUCCCAUUCAUUGGAAUUAUGUUGAUAAAUCUUUAGUCGAUCAAAGGGUGAAACCUUGGGUUUCAAAGAAGAUAACUGAUUAUAUUGGGGAAGAAGAAGCGUCAUUGGUGGAUUUUGUAUGUGAAAAAGUUAUCUCGAAAACUGAUCCACAGAAAAUUCUAUCCGACAUUGCUAUGGUAUUAGACGACGAAGCUGAAGUGUUCGUCGUGAAAAUGUGGAGGUUAUUAAUUUAUGAAAGUGAGGCGAGGAAGUUAGGAUUAUCGAAAAAAUGA